AUGUCUUCCGAGAUAGGCAUCGAAGAAUAUAGGCAAGAUGUUCUUCGCGUCUGCUCAUACCAUCGAACCGACUUUGCUCGGGCCGUUGUCCGCACACGGCCACAUAAGAUGCAGGUCAUCGCGCCAUUACUCCGAAAUCAUUUCAACAACCCGUCUCCUUUUAAACAUGGUCCUCCGUUUAGACUCGGUGUCUUGGAUCUCCUUACCCCAGAACUCCUCGUCAUCAUCCUUCUCCAACUGGAUGUUGUAUCCUAUCUUCAGUUCCGGCGUGUCAAUAGACAUGCCCGGGUGGUUGCAACACUUCUUCACGAAUACAAGCUCGUUUCCGCCCAUGGACUCGAGGGCCUUGUGGCGCUUUUGCGAACAAAACUAGCCGAAUUUUUCACCAUCAAGGACCUGUACCGUCCUCUUGUGACAUACAGUUGCAAGCUCUGCGGUGGUUUUGGAUGCUUCCUGUUUCUUCCCGACUGCACGCGAUGCUGUCUUCCCUGCCUCACAGAGGCACCCGAGUUGCGUAUGACAAUUGUUUCCAGUUUAGUCAACCAGUUUCUCCCGGUUGAGGGAUUGACUGAAUAUCACCAGAGCCAACUGGGGCCAGUUCUUCAUACUGUGCGUGGAAAAUAUUGUCUGCAGCAUUUCAGAGCUGUCCGCCUUGGGGAGCAGCUCAUGCCGACGCGUCAAGUCAUCACAAUACUCAGGUCACUCGAUGUACCGGAAAAAUCGAUUGAGAAGGCUGUAUACAGGCUGAGAGACUGGGAGAGCAACCGGUUCGGCUCAGCUGCCAUGUAUCCCUGGUACAACGCGCAGAGGGGAGAGGCUGAGCGUGGUGUCAACUGCAAGGCGAUACAAUUCUACAUUGAGGAAAAUACACCACCCCAUAUACUUAGGUCAGCCUGUCAUAGGGUGCACCGGGAUCAGAUUUUUUCAAGGGCAAGUUUCUUGCAGCAUUUCAAGACUUGUAGUCAUGCGCAGGACCUUUGGGCUAGGAGAGAUGACGGAACACCAGAGAAGGAGUCUUGGUUCAUUAGUGAUGGGGGUUAUCUGCGAAACGAAGACGAAGACGAAGUAGUUAUAGUUGCAGCCCGGCCCUCGAUGUAUUAA